AAGGGGGCGGGACUUCCGUUGUCAAGGCAAAUGUCCGGAGCUGGCUGUGCGUGUGCUGGGUAGAGAGGAGGAGGUGGUCGGUGGAUGAGCCCGUGUACCCCGCACAGAUCAUAGUCUUGUACCAGAAGACUGACAUCCCUGAUGGGCCAGGAGUGGAUCUCUGCCUAAAUACAAUUUUCCUUUAUUGUGCUGAGAACCAAAAAGUGAGGCGUGAUGCCGACGGAAAGUGGAAGCUGGUCGGCCGCGCGCCAGACAAAACAGAAACGCAAGUCUAACAGUCUGACGUUAAAACGGACGAACAGCUCAGAGCAGGAUCGGCCCGGUCUGCAGAGAGACUUGCUGGAGGGACAGGAUUCCAAGCUGCCAUCUUCUGUGCGCAAUACACUCAUGGAUCUUUUUGGACAAAUAGAAAGGGAAUUUGAGAACCUUUAUAUUGAGAACUUGGAAUUGCGACGUGAAAUAGACACGUUGAAUGAACGCCUGGUAGUAGAAGGACAGACGAUCGAUGGAGCUGAAUUAAAUAAAGGUCAAAUGAAAACAAAAGCUAGCCACAGUACCAGCCAAUUGUCACAAAAGCUGAAGACCACUUACAAAGCAUCUACUAGCAAGCGCUUACAUUAUUUCUCAGACAAGGCACAUCGAUCUCGCAUCUCCAGAGGGCGGAGCUGGGAAAUAUGGGGUGGAGACUCCUGGAUUGUUUCCAGUUUCAAGACUACAACCUCUCGGGCGAUCUGCCAGUUGGUGAAGGAGUAUGUUGGACAUAGAGAUGGGCUUUGGGAUGUCGGUGUUACACGAACACAGCCGGUGGUUCUAGGCACAGCUUCUGCUGAUCACACAGCAUUACUUUGGAGUAUUGAAACAGGAAAAUGCCUUACCAAGUAUGUCGGCCAUGCUGGAUCAGUAAACUCAAUAAAAUUUCAUCCCACUGAUCAAAUUGCAUUAACAGCAUCUGGGGACCAGACGGCUCACAUCUGGCGCUACGUGGUACAGUUACCCACUCCACAGCCAACGGCAGACACCAGUAUUUCUGGAGAAGAAGAGGUGGAAUUUUCAGAUAAAGAUGAGCUUGACCAGGAUGGAGAUAUUUCCAAUGAUUGUCCCACUGUUCGAGUCCCAAUCACAUCGCUGAAAAGCCACCAGGGAGUGGUCAUAGCAGCAGAUUGGCUGGUUGGCGGCAAGCAGGCAGUCACUGCGUCUUGGGAUAGAACAGCCAAUUUGUAUGAUGUAGAGACAUCCGAGCUUGUCCAUUCUCUUACAGGUCACGACCAGGAAUUAACCCAUUGCUGUACUCAUCCCACACAACGCUUAGUGGUGACAUCUUCCCGAGACACAACCUUUCGCCUGUGGGAUUUUCGAGACCCAUCAAUACAUUCUGUGAAUGUUUUCCAGGGUCACACUGACACUGUGACCUCUGCUGUGUUCACCGUGGGGGACAAUGUGGUGUCAGGAAGUGAUGACCGUACAGUAAAAGUCUGGGAUUUAAAGAACAUGAGAUCACCCAUUGCUACUAUUCGUACAGACUCAGCAGUAAACAGGAUUAACGUGUCUGUUGGGCAGAGGAUCAUCGCUCUUCCACAUGACAACAGACAGGUCCGGUUAUUUGACAUGUCCGGAGUUCGAUUAGCACGACUUCCUCGUAGCAACAGACAGGGCCACCGCAGAAUGGUGUGCUGCACUGUCUGGAGCGAAGAUCACCCGACUUGCAACCUCUUUUCUUGCGGCUUUGAUCGCCAGGCCAUAGGCUGGAACAUCAACAUCCCGGCCCUGCUGCAAGAGAAAUAAUCCUGAGAUGGCACACACUUGUGGAUUCUGUGUUUUUACCAUGGACACUAUUCUUUGUCGCAGGCACUUAUUAGCCUGCCAUCAUUGUGAGGUCCCAGACAUGAGUGCUUUGUAAAUGUGUCCUUGUCCCCCUCUACAUGGCAUAUCCAGGAGGGGGGGAAUCAGUGACAACAGGCUCUUUCUCAGAUAGUUUUAUCCAUGACGUGCAUUUUAUCUGAGAUAUCAUCCAUUAAACAGUGGCUUUGCGCAGGGCGCCUCCUAGUGCUCUGCGUCUGUCAUUACCCAGCAUAGAUGAGCAUUAGGGCAUUACAUUUCUGUGAAAUAAAUGUGAACUUUAUGUCAUUGUUGUGAAGGAUGUAAUAGUUGCAUUUAUACAUGGGCGUAUCUGCCUCCUGUAAGGCAAAAAAUACUAUAAAAGACAAAAAAGUAAAUUAUAAACUGUUACAGAAAUAAACUAUGAAAUAGAGUGUAUAUUUCACUCGCUGCUUAGUUCAGCAUUAAAUAAUGAACCCAUCACGACGCGUUCAUUGGUUCCGGUGUUAUUUUUAUUUGUUUGGCUCAAGCUUUAGCAUUUUAUUGUUUUUUUAAAUAUGUCUAUUUUUUAUUCAUGGAACUGCUGUAUGAUUACAAGACGUAAAGCAUUUAACUAGUGAUAGUUUUUUUUGUUUUUUUUUUAGGAUGUUUCAAGAUAGUAUUAUUCUAAAGACUGUGCUCCUAGUUUAGAGCUGACUUUAAAGGACUUUGUUCCCAGCUGUAAAAUUUGCUUCUGGUUUUGUUGUUUCUUGAAAUGGGAAAGUUAUUUCAUGAUAACUAUUUGCAAGGUGCCAGUGGCAGAAAUUCAUGCAUCUCUUUCAAAAUGGAAAAAAAAAGAAUAUAUAUAUUCUAAAUAUUUUUGUUGUUUUGGAACUACAGUGACCAGCAUGGAAUGGGCUCUACAUUUCAUAAAGCAUCUUUGUACCUUCUUAGGGAAAACGUGUUCUUUGUUUAUGCAAGGAAACGCAUACAGUUCACUAUGUAGCCCAUCUCCCCUUGGUUCCCUCACCAUUCCAUUUUAAUUCAUGAUAUGGAGGAGCAUGUUACUAAACUUCUGCAGCUACUCUAGUACUUCUCACGCAGCCACUCUGUUCAGCUACCUGGAGUGAAGUAAAUACACUGCUUAGUGAUUCAUCCAAUGCUGUCAAAUGGAUACGGGAAUACAGUCAGUCCUGGCUAUGCUCCAGCUAGACACAUGGGUGCUCAACCUGUGGCCCUUCAGUUGUUGCAGAACUUCAAGUCCCAUCAUGUCUCUGCCUUUGAUAGUCAUGCUUAUAACUGUCAGUGGCUACCAGUGUAUCAUGGGACUUGUAGUUCCCCAAUAGCUGGAGGACCACAGAUUGAGCACCCACAAACUAGAGCUUACACAGGGCUCUCAUUGACUUAAUAUAGCCAUCUGGUGAUAUUGGGUUAAUAAUCUCAUGAGUAUUCCUGCCUCUUUUUGUAUACGCUGACUGCCCCAGAUCGCAUCAGAGCUGGCUAGCUCUGAUGGCUUUCUUUCAGGUUUGGCUAAACACAGCUUCGGACUGAACCCAAGUUUAUCAUUAUUCCUGAUGACUAAUCAGAGUGGCAGAGACACAAGAAACAAUAAAAAAGAACCAGUUGUUGUGUCCUGCAUUAUCAAAGCACAAGUUCACUUUAAUUACUUUUUGCAUCUAAGCUGAUUUGCCCAAGCCUUUAAUGGCUCAUGUAUACACAGACUAGGUUGACUGCCGGCCACAGGAAAACACAAUACACUGCAAAAAUCACACCUUGAUUUUGCAGGAGGCGGUCAAAAUGUUCCUAUCCUGAAAGCAAUUCUUCCACAUUCAGGAGAGGGAGGUUAAAGAAGGUUGAACCUCCCCUAACUGCAGCAGCUUCUACACUCUUGUAAAAGCCUAUGUGCAAAAAAAAACACCAAAAGCUCCUAAACUCAAGUUUAGAAAGCUGUUAGUUUUACAUGAGCCCUAGUAGUCAUAAGUCAAAUAAAAAUUAAGCCGGCCAUAGACGAUACGGGUUUCAUCGCUAGAAAUUUGGUAAAUUCCCCCAUCUACACAGUCAAUGAUGGAGGAAUGCCUACCACAGAGCUAUUCUGUUCUUACGACAAGGGAGGGAGGUACGGGGAACCAUCCCUACCUGGAGAACACAGUGAUUAUUGCUAGAGCCUAUAGCCGAUGGCAAUAAUUGCAUCCUAAAAGUCUGACAUGCUGGUUGUACCCAAGUCAUUAAAUGGAUUGACUUGAGUACAAUCAGCCUGUCCAUACAUGGUUCAAAUCUCAGCCAGUCCCUUCUGAACUGUCCGAUAUUUGAACUGUCUAUGGCUGGCUUAAGCCCCUGUAGCCACAGCUACUUCUUAGUAAGUCAUAUCUGAACAGGUCUAACCCAAGGUUCCUAUGAUGAAACAAAAGCUUUCCCUAUUCUGCUACAUGUAAGCUGUGCUUAUAUAGGGGGUGGACAUAGGCACAUUUUCAGGGAGAAAGGAAGAUCGUUGAAAGAAAGAUGUGUGUUGGCCUUACUCCCAUCCUAUUGGGAUGUUGCCUGGCCAAAUUAAAGGAAACCUGCAGUAAGAGCAUGAUGGAGGCUGCUAUUGAUGACCUCUCAUUAAAGUGUUAGUUGCCUGGCUGUCCCUUUAGCUUGAAUGAUGACCUGGAACAAGUAUGUGGAUUAUGAGUUUUUGCUGUUUGAUUUUCCUGAUCAGCGUACUUGUAUUGAGGCGGAAAUCCAUACAGCCAGGUUACUAGCAUUUCAGGAGAGGAUCCGCAACAUUGGCUCCCGUAAUCUUUGUCAAUCUGCUUUUCCAGUAGACCCGAGUUCAUUUAAAUAUGAAUCAGACCCCUGCUAUUGUAAUGGGAAUGCUGGAUCCUGUAGUUCCACAGCAAUUGGAGGGCCACAGCCCAGCCAAACCAUAAUAUCCUGUGAGCCUGUGCUUGUGACAAUUGAAAUCGGGCACACAAUGUGAGUUUCCAUCACAGGAAUAUUAAAGUAAAUUUAAAGCACUUUAGCUCCAAGAUGCCGUUCUGAACAAUUUGUAACACUUUCAAAUAGCAUUGGCAGUGUAUGUGAGAUGACCUUCUUAGGAAUGACUUUGACAACUUUGAGAACCAUUUCCAAAAAUAAAAAAGCUGCAAUUUCAAAGGGUUUUUUUCUUUUCAAACGAUAAUGUUUCAUACCCAUUGCAGAUUAUUUUUCUAUUUACAUUUCAAUGCUGGGUUGUUAAGUCGUGUUAUAAAAUGUUGUUGUUGACUUGGUUGCUCUUGGAAAUAUGUGAAUCUAUGAUUAAUAAGCAAAUAGAUGCUACAGAUUCUCCACUUUGAGAUGAUAAUUGUCUAUAUCUCAACUGCCUUUUGUAUUAUUUACACAUGAAUAAAGAUACAAUCACACUC